AGAAACUUCAUACUUCAAACUCCAUCAAUGAUGAAAACAGUUGUGCUGCUUAAUGUUUUUUUUUUCUUUUUUUUUUGUAAAUCACGAGACAUUUCAAAAGUUCAAAAGAACACAUUUAUUUGAAAUAUAACUUAAUAUAAAAAUAAUAUAUACACAAGUCUGAUGUCACUUGAUCAUAUUGUACAAACAACUAUAAAAUCAGCAAAGGCUAAGGUUUUAUUUGCUUGUAACAAGUUUCAGGAUACUGGUUUCAGUAAAAUAUCUGAGUAAUAAAGCAGGUUUAUAAAUGUUGUGGCUUAAUGACAAAAUCUCCUGAUCUCAUUUGUUAAUUUUUUUUAUUCUGAUGGAUUUGGCUAGAUAAUAAGACUUUUUGCUUAGAAUCCAUACUUUCAAUUGAAAACCAAAAACCUAAAUUAUUUUAACAUCAUUUCUACAACAUUUUUAUUCAUCGGUGUAUUGUGAUUAAACUGAACGAUUGCCGCACAGAGAACUUGGUUUUCUUGUUACUUGUACCAAGAGAUAAGAAUGUUUUGAUCAAGAUGAUGUGUGAGAGUGAAACUAAGACUGAACAUAGCUUAUAGGAUGACGAAGUUAUUUGGCCAAAAGCUUUACAGUAAACGCUGAACUGUCUCCUCCUGUCCUGUGAAGGGUGCUAGAGUCACUUCAGUUAGCACCGCAACCUUAUGUGUUUGUGCUUUGGUUUUAAAGGGGAACUUUCACGCGCUCGUCUGUGUACCUGUAUUGUCUGUAUUUAUCGUUUAAAUACAGCGACUUGAAAUAAAGUAGAGGAAUGGCUAAACUGGAUUGUCUGAACACUUUCAUGACCGAGCGCUUGAUGGCUGCUGUGAAGGAGAUCAUCUUUACGGUCGGCAGAACGGUUCGGGAGUACGAGGAGGAAACGGAGCGAAUUCGGAGCGAAAACAAGCGACUGAAACAAAUGUUGCGAGACACUGGGUGCUUCAGUGAAGAAACCAAUACCGCUCCUGUGCAGUCUUAUCAGCCCGUCUCCCCUGGGCAGCCCAGAUGGAUCUGCAGCCAGAAUGAGGAGCCAGAACCGUUCGAAGAGAUCCAGGAGGACCAAAGCCAGAGACUAGAUGAACAACAUCCCUUCAUUAAACCGGAAAAGCCUGAGUUCUCUGUCGAUGCUUACAGGGAAUCUGUAACUUUGCCAUUAAAAGGCAGCAGCAACAACGAAGGCUCACAUGUGUGUGCCGAUCACAACGACACAAAUCCUAUUGAGGAUGAAAUGACAAACUGUCAUUUCCCAUCUAAAAUCAAAGUUGAAUUCAUGAACUCCGGCUUGUGUUCAGGCGAUGCAAUGGGGAGCACUGAAGAUGCAUAUCAGAGCUGGUCGCCUCACAGUCCAGAUUUGCCUUUAGGGGCUUCAGACAUCUACAGAACACAGCAUCCAAACCAGCCAAUAUGUGCUAACAGCGAAGCUCCAGCCACAGUAUCUCAGCAUAGCAGUUCAUCUCAUGAUGCCAGUCACGUUUCAUAUCACAACAUAUUAUGUACAAACAGGGCCUACUGUAGCAGUAAAUGCUGUGAAAUGCAAAAGAGAACAAUAGCCAAAUCAAGCCCCGUAUGGAAGUAUUUCUCUCUAAAAGAGGGAGACUGUAGCAAAGCAGUGUGCCUUAUGUGUAGGGCCGUCAUAUCUCGUGGUCGCAAAGAAUACACAACAUCGGCUCUUCUAAAGCACCUUCGGAUGAAACAUGGAAAUGCGCUAAUCUUUGGCAGUGCUAAGAAGAGACGAAUGAAAGAAAUUACGAGAAAGACUGUGUGAAAACCACUCUGUGACAGUAUGGACACUGGCUAUUGUGCAUCAUGGCCAAAGUGUUUUCAAACAAAUUGUUUCAUCACAAUCUACAUCAAAUGGAGUGGGUUAAGAUAGGCAAGUCCGAAAUGUAAGCUUACAAUAAGUAAUCCAAGCUUGGUUAUGGUUACAGAGAAAGACUUGGGGGAAAAAUGUCACAAUCUUUAGCCUGUAAGUCUAACAAAAUAACAGGAUGUACAUACUCGCUAGGACAAGAGUAAUCUCAAAGAAAACUUAUAAAAAAAGAAAUAGAUUUAAUAAUUUUUACAGUCAUUUACAGAAUAUUUUACCACCCCACUGAAAAUGUAAGAUGUUCAGGUUUGAAGUUUUGAACUUGAUUUGUCUUUUAUAGUCAUUUUUGCAAUAAAUGAAUCAUGGUUUAA